AUGGAAAAUGAAUAUGGGCUUGGACCGAAAGUCGUUUCCAACGCUGCAGCUUGCAUUGAGGUUGAGAGGAAAGCACUUAUUAGUUUUAAAGAAGGUCUUAAAGACCCUUCAGGUCGGCUAUCCUCUUGGGUUGGUAAAGAUUGCUGUCAAUGGGCGGGCGUAGGUUGCAGCAAGCAGACAGGGCAUGUCAUCAAGCUUCAUCUCCGAAAUCCACACAAUUCUACCUUUAUUGAUCCUGGUGAUUCAAAGGAGUUAGAAGAUUACAAGUUUUCAUGCUUAAGCGGUAAAAUAAGCCUUUCUUUGCUUGAGCUCAAGUACUUAAAUCUCCUGGAUUUAAGUUGGAAUGAUUUCCAAGGAGAACCAAUCCCAGAAUACAUUGGUUCUCUCAGUGAUUUAAGUUAUCUUGAUCUCUCUAGUGCUUCAUUUUCUGGACUAGUUCCCCCUCAUCUUGGAAAUUUGUCAAACCUUCGUUAUCUUAAUCUUUAUUCUGAUUCCUACCGACCAUAUGUUAUUGAUAAUACAUUUGUUUCUGAUCUGAAUUGGAUCGCUAGACUCCCUCAUUUGGAGUACUUGAAUCUAGGAUACAUCAACCUUAGUUUGGCAUCCAACACUUGGAUGCAAGUUGCUAAUAUGCUUCCUUCUCUGUUGCAAUUGCAUCUGCAGAAUUGUGAUCUAAGAAACUUUCCUGAUUCUCUUCCAACAAUGAAUUUAAGUGCUCUUCGGAUCCUUCGCCUUGGAGAUAAUAAUUUCAACCAUUUUUUGCCUCACUGGUUGUCCAAUAUUAGUACUCUCGAGGUCCUUGACCUUAGUAAUUCUGGAAUUAAAGGCCCCACAGCUCAUAUCUCCUGGAGAAAACUUUGCAACUUGCAGCUUUUAUAUCUGUCAAAUAAUGAUGUUAGUGGGGAGAUAGUUGAACUCGUUGAGGGUCUGUCUGAAUGUAGUAAUACUAGUUUGGAGGAAUUACAACUGGUAGGUAAUAAAUUGAGUGGACAGAUACCUGAGUCAAUUGGACAUUUUAAGUAUUUGAGAUCUCUAUAUCUUCCAAGCAACUCUUUUUCAGGUUCAAUUCCAUCAUCUAUUGGAAGGUUGACUGAUUUAGAGACAUUAGACUUGAGUUCGAAUGCUAUGAAUGGGACGAUCCCUGAUAGCAUUGGACAGUUAUCAAGGUUAGUUUCUCUGAAUCUAAAGUGGAAUUCUUGGAGAGGUGUUGUGUCUGAAACUCAUUUCUUGAGCCUUGCAAAGUUGGAGAGAUUCUAUGUAUCAUCUGUAAGAAUGUCUCUCGCUAUCAAGAUUAGAAAUGAGUGGGUUCCUCCUUUUAGUCUUCAAGACAUUGAAGUUGUGGAUUGCCAUUUGGGUUCCACAUUUCCUCAAUGGCUUAGCACGCAAAAAAACCUUUCCACUCUGACCUUAAAAAAUGCAGCAAUUUCAGGUGAGAUUCCUGAUUGGCUUGGGAAAUUAUCUCGACAACUUUUUUUGUUGGAUCUUUCUGGUAAUCAAUUUGGUGGAGAAAUCCCCAGUUCACUAGAGUUUAGAUCAAGUGCUUGGGUUGAUUUGAGUUCCAAUUUCUUGGAGGGUUCACCCCCAAUUUGGUAUAAUGUGAGUGUACUAAGGUUAAAGAGUAAUUUGUUGUCAGGUCCUAUGACUCUGAAUUUCUGUCAAGAAAUGUCAUCGUUAACGGAUCUAGACCUUUCAGGGAACUCUUUAAAUGGUAGCCUUCCCCCAUUCAUAAGUAGACUAAAGAAUUUGGGAACACUUGUUCUUUCAAAUAAUCUUUUGUCUGGAAACAUCGAUAUUCCUUGGAAGGAAAUGAGUUUGAGUACCAUUGACUUGUCCAGGAACAAUCUAUCUGGGGACAUUCCCGAUUCAAUUUGUUUUUCACCCUACCUUGAAGUUUUGAAAUUGUUCAGCAACAACUUCUCUGGAGAACUCUCUCCAUCUUUACAAAAUUGCACAGGUUUGAGCCUCUUAGACCUUGGAGAAAAUAAAUUCUCUGGAACUAUACCGAAGUGGGUUGGGGAUAACCUAUCUAUACUGUCAGAAUUAGGACUAAGAGGCAACAUGUCAGUGGAAACAUUCCAGAGCAACUAUGUCAUCUCCCUCAUCUCCAUAUCUUAG